GCCAGCACAACCAACGACUCCUGUUAACAACUACCACUGACGGGGCUCUAGAGGCUGUGGGUCCACAGCCUAAAUAGCCCCAUAAACCACCCACGAAGAAGAAUAAUAAUCCCAUGUUGUAUUGGUGUGCUGGAUAUUCCCUCCCAAGGUGUGCCAGCAGGAGGCUGCAGGGCUGGCCAGCACCAAGACCAGCUGACAGACUCCCUGCAUCAGGUGUGCCAGCAGGAGGCUGCAGGGCUGGACAGCACCAAGACCAGCUGACAGACUCCCUGCAGCAGGUGUGCCAGCAGGAGGCUGCAGGGCUGGACAGCACCAUGAGCGGCCAGGACAAGCAGGAACAGACUGCUGCAGGUGGCAGGAAUGUCUGUGGUCUUCAGAAGCAACCUGCUGCUGGCAACUCAAGCCGCAAAGGAGAAAGGAAGUUUGAGUGUCAGAAGUGUGGAAAAGAAUUCACCACAAGUAGUGGUUUAAGAUAUCAUACCUCUGCACACACCGGUGUAAAGAACUAUGAAUGUAAGGAAUGUGGGAAACGAUUCAUCUCAGGGAAGGUUUUAAAGUAUCACACCUUUACACACACUGGUAAAAAGAACUUUGAAUGUCUGGAAUGUGAGAAAAAAUUCAUCAAGAAGUAUCACCUUGACAGACACAGCCUUACACACACUGGUGUAAAAAACUAUGAAUGUAAGGAAUGUGGGAAACUGUUCAGCUUGAAGAAAAACCUUGAAUACCAUAUCAUUACCCACACUGGUGUAAGGAACUAUGAAUGUAACGAAUGUGGGAAAAAAUUCUUCCGUAAGAGUCACCUUGAUUCACACAGCAUUAUACACACUGGCGUAAAAAAUCAUGAGUGUGAAGAGUGCGGGAAGAGGUUCACUUUGAAGUCGGGACUUAGCCAACACAUCCUUAGGCACUAUGGCCUUAAAGAGUUCAAGUGUGAUGUUUGUGGCAAGGUCUUCAAGGCAAAGACUGACAUAAGAGGACACAUGAAGGUUCACUUUAGAGAUGUGUCUUCCUAGGGUGGUUGUAUUGCCCAGGGUGUUGGAUGCUGAGCCUGGAAAAGAGAGUCAAGUGGAGUCCAAGGUAAAGAAGAAUUCAUGGGUUAGUGGCUCAUCUGUUCCAGGCUCACAGUUCAGUCCAGUGUUGUUGUCCAGUAUAUGUGUGGAAAUUAUUCCAUCUGUAUUUAUUGUAUAUUUUGUCAUUAUUAAUCUAAAUCACUUCAGCUAGAAUUAAGUAAAAAGUGGUAGUAAUACCACAAAAAAUAAUUAGAAGUGGUAUGAAAAAUGUUUCAAGUUCGUAACCUUUAAGAUUCAGUUGUCUACAUGGCAAUCAUAGUUGCUGUCAGAGGCUGGAAACUCAGCUGGUGGCUCUUGCUUACCAGGCUUCAGAUGAGAUACAUUUCCCCAAAUAUAAGAAUUCCUAUUAUUUGAGAAAUGCCUGUAAAAACCCUGGCUGUUCGCAACAAAAGUACCGUAUUUCCCACCAUAUAUGACGCACUUAAAAAAAAAAAAAAUGGAAAAAUCAGCCUGUGUCUUAUACCCCGACGGUUGGGUUUUGUUAUGCCUAAGGGUUAUUGUUACUGGUAGGAGACCAACACCCAAAACACCUCUGUUUGACACAAUAGUUCCCAGAUGUCCCCAGAAUCAUAUAUAUAUAUAUAUAUAUAUAUAUAUAUAUAUAUAUAUAUAUAUAUAUAUAUAUAUAUAUAUAUAUAUAUAUAUAUAUAUAUAUAUAUAUAUAUA